UUCUGCGAGUAAUAUGGGGACCCCGUUCAAUGCGCUUCAAGCUGCCGAGGCGAUCAGUUCGAUCGAUCGAUUUCCCGUGAAUAUUAGUGCCUUUUUCCGCGCGAUGCCGCAGUCGAGCUUCUUUGCCAAGAGUGUGCCCUUCGAGCAGAUCGAUAAGCUGGCCAUCAGCGGUGGUUACUCCUCCAUCUAUGCCACCAGUAAGCCAGAUGUGCCAGUUGUUGGCCAAUGGGAGCAGCGUUUCUGCCGCCUGGCAGACACCUUUCAGCCCGUACUCGAUCGGGUUUAUGAUUUCAAGGUGCGAGAGGAUGAUGUGUGGAUAGUGACACUGCCCAAAUGUGGCACCACCUGGAUGCAGGAGCUGGCCUGGCUGGUGAUCAAUCGCUGUGACUUUGAGACGGCCAAGAGUGUGGAUCUCACUAUAAGAUCUCCCUUUCUGGAAUUCAAUGGUGUGGUGCCCAAUGUCCCCCAUGACACCAUCGAGGCAGCCAAUGCCUUGCCCUCGCCCAGAUUGAUCAAAUCCCAUCUACCUGCCUGGAUGCUGCCCAGUCAGAUCUGGAGCAAGCGUCCCAAGAUCAUCUAUGUUUAUCGGAAUCCCAAGGAUGCUGCCAUCUCGUACUUCCAUCACUGGCGUGGCAUGGUGGGCUACCAGGGCACCAAGUCCGACUUUAUGCACUCCUUCAUCGAUGGUUAUGUGAACUUUACGCCCUGCUGGCCACAUGUCUUGGACUUUUGGCAACUGCGCCAUGAGCCGCACAUAUUCUUCACCAGCUAUGAGAGGAUGAAGGGACAAUUGGCUGAGGUUAUAGCCGAGGUGGCACAGUUUCUAGGGCGUUCGGUGAGCCAGGAUCAGAUACAGCAGAUGACUAAACACCUAUCCUUUGAGAGCAUGCGCGAUAAUCCCGCCUGUAAUCAUGUCAAGGAGUUUGAAAGCAUGAAGGCCGCUGCUGGAAGAGAGGUAGAGGAGUUCAGGUUCGUUCGUCGAGGCGUCGUGGGCAGCCACAAGGAUGAGCUCACCGCGGACAUUAUCCGGGAGUUUGAUCUUUGGUCGGAUAUCAAUCUCAGGGAUCACAAAUUGAACAUGGAUGACUUUGCCAACUACAGCAAGUUUGCUUCUGCCUAGAGUUUUCCCCAGGCAAUAAAUUUAUCUAAUCUUUGUUAAUAGUCUGUAAG